AUGAGUGGUGACAAUGACACAGAAAAACCCUGCGGAAUACUCGAGGUUGAGGACAGCAGAAUUUCCAAGCUAGAUGGAGAUAUGGUACCUCCAAUGCCAGAUCCAGAUGCUGAGAGACGCCUCGUACGCAAACUGGAUCGCACGAUUCUCCCCUGGAUUAUGCUGCUCUACUUGUUAUCGUACCUCGACAGAGCCAAUAUGGGAAAUGCUCGAAACAUCGGUCUCGCAACGGAUAUCGGCCUCGGUAGUACGAUGUAUCAGGUCGCCUCAGCCUCAUUCUAUAUUGGGACGGUUAUCUUCGGAACAGUGGGAGGUCUCAUGCUCAAAGUAUUCAAGCCAUCGACCUGGCUCGGACUUUGUGCUAUUGGCUGGGGCGCAACAAGCACCUUACAAGCCGCCUGUACCAACCCAGGUGGUCUAAUUGCCGUUCGGUUCUUUCUUGGUGCAUUCGAAGCGUCAUUUGCACCUGGAUGUGCCUUGUAUCUCAGCUUCUGGUACCUGAAAUCUGAGCUCUCUCUGCGUAUUGCUGCAUAUGCUGGGAUGAGCGCCGUUAGUGGCGUCUUAUCCGGGCUGAUUGCAUACGGAGUCGGUCUCGCCCAGGGCAAGAUGGCUAUAACUGCCUGGCAGACGUUGUUCAUCGUGGAAGGGCUGCCCACUGUCGUCGUUGGUGUUCUCACACUCUGGAUACUACCUGGACGCCCCGAGUCUGAGAGAUCUCAUUGGUUCACUGAAGCGGAACAUGAGAUCAUUCUGAGCCGACGUAAUAGGUUCACCAAAAAUGCUGACACUGGAAUCAAUAUGGAACAAGUGAAGAAGUUGACAAUCAAGCAUACUGAGAUAAUGUACAGUGCAUUCAAAGACUACCGGCUAUACCUAUUCUGCCUAAUUUAUUCUGGGCUUUCUCUAUCUUUGGCCGUUGCCGCUGUUUUUCUUCCUACCAUCGUGGAGGAUCUCGGCUAUCACUCUGUUACGGCCAAUCUCAUGACCGCCCCCGUUUAUGGCACAGCUUACGCUUGCCUCCUCAUUACUGCCACCUUGUCCGACCGAUUCCGUAUACGGGGUGCCCCUAUUGCCCUCGGUGGUUUGAUUUCUGGAAUAGGGUAUCUAUUACUGGGACUGCUGAGACAAGGAAACGCACGUUAUGCUUGCUGCUUCCUAGCAGUUACUGGAACUUACAUGGCUUUCCCAAUCGUUUUAACCUGGAUCACGUCGACAUUUGCGGGUGAUACCAAGGCUGGCGUUGGUGUCGGAAUAGUUAUUGCUGUCACUCACGCGAUUGGAGUUGCUGCUUCUACAAUCUAUCCAAAGCAAGACGCACCCUACUAUCUAACUGGAAACGCAGUAUCCAGUGCACUUGCUCUCGCGACCACCGUCUCAGCUAUAGCUAUGAGCAUUUUGCUUUAUCGGGAGAACCAAAAGCGAGACCGUCGCUAUGGGAAGCCAGAAGCCCGUGCUCCUGUCGACAUGGGUGGUGAUGCUGACAAGGCCCAGGACUAUAGAUACGAUAUCUAA